CCGAAAGAGUGCAGUGCCGCUACGACCGCCACCGGACGCGGGUAACCAUUGUGUAAGUGUUUUAUUUUUCCGUUAGACACUCGUGCGCUCGUUUUUUUUUUUCGGACAUUUUUUUUUUUUUUAGUUUUCACCGUUAUAUUCUGUAAUCCGCGUUAAAAUUCUUUAGGUCGCGGGGCACGUGAGUUAAUUAAUGAUAAUACUGGCGUUCACGCCCAAUUGAUAUCAUUCAAAAACGAAACUUUGGUUUUUUUUUUUCGCCUUAUUUAUUCGAACGGUCGCUACCGGUGCGAGGGCGCGCUCGCGCGCGAGCGUAGUUAAUGGAUAUAUUUCAGUAGCCGUCGUGGUGUCGAGACGAUGUGCGUGUGGAUUUCCGUAAAUGGAUUUCGCUGGGCCCGACGGACGACGACGAAAACGGCAAACCAUGCGAAAACUAAAGGAUCCCAGAAAUAUGAACGAUUUUAAACAUUCUUCGCAGUUGCAGUGGGUUAAAAAAUGACCAAACAUACAGAUAUGUCAAUAUUCACGCAAAUUCUAUCUGUGUUAAUUCGUUCAUCGCUAUGUAUUCUAAGUCAAAAACUGGCGCAGUGAUAGCAGGCAUAGUAUCGUACCAGAAGGAGCAUAUUGUUCUGUUUUGGUGGCGAAUUAAAGAAGUAGACAUUUUACUACUGCCGAAGCAAAUAUCAAUGGGGCGGAUGAACAGAUCGCGGGUGAGAUGGUUGACGGUCGAAGUCCAUCCAGAUUUAUUUGAAGACGUGCGGACGCCAUGUUAAGGUUAACAUGGUAGGUGGUCACCAGCCGCAAUCGACGGGAGGCACCAGCUGCACUGGCACUAUGAUGAACAUACUGAACAUAGACGCCGAGAACCGGGUGGUGCUGAACGUCGGCGGCAUUAGGCACGAGACAUACAAGGCCACUCUGAAGAAAAUACCGGCCACCCGGUUGAGCCGGCUGACCGAAGCGCUGGCCAACUACGAUCCGGUGCUGAACGAAUACUUCUUCGAUAGGCAUCCAGGCGUGUUCGCGCAAGUCCUCAACUAUUACAGGACCGGUAAACUUCAUUACCCGACGGACGUUUGUGGGCCGUUGUUCGAAGAGGAAUUGGAGUUUUGGGGCCUGGACGCGAACCAAGUGGAACCCUGUUGCUGGAUGACCUACACCCAGCACAGGGACACGCAGGAAACACUCGCGGUCUUGGACCGGCUGGACUUGGACACGGAGAAGCCUAGCGACGAAGAGAUGGCCCGGAAAUUCGGUUUCGAGGAGGCGUUCUUUCAGGGUAGACUCACCUGGUGGCAGCGGUUCAAGCCCCAGCUGUGGUCCAUGUUCGACGAACCGUACUCGUCGAAUGCUGCCAAGAUCAUCGGCAUUGUGUCCGUGUUCUUCAUCUGCGUGUCCAUCCUGUCGUUCUGCCUGAAGACGCACCCGAACAUGCGGGUGCCGAUCAUCAAGAACAUCACGGUGAACACGUCGCACAACACGACCGCGUGGGUGCUGGACAAGACGCAGACGAACGCGCACGAGGCGUUCUUCUACAUCGAGUGCGUGUGCAACGCGUGGUUCACGUUCGAGAUCCUGGUGCGGUUCGUGGCGUCGCCGAACAAGUGCGAGUUCGUGAAGGCGUCGGUGAACAUCAUCGAUUACAUCGCCACGCUCAGCUUCUACAUCGACCUGACGCUGCAGAAGUUCGCCUCGCACCUGGAGAACGCGGACAUCCUGGAGUUCUUCAGCAUCAUACGCAUCAUGCGGCUAUUCAAGCUCACGCGGCACUCGUCCGGGCUGAAGAUCCUGAUGCAGACGUUCCGCGCGUCCGCCAAGGAGCUCACGCUGCUCGUGUUCUUCCUGGUGCUGGGCAUCGUGAUAUUCGCCGCCUGGUGUACUACGCGGAGCGCAUCCAGGCCAACCCGCACAACGACUUCAACAGCAUACCGCUGGGCCUGUGGUGGGCGCUGGUCACCAUGACCACCGUCGGCUAUGGCGACAUGGCACCCAAGACGUACGUGGGCAUGUUCGUGGGCGCGCUGUGCGCGCUGGCCGGCGUGCUCACCAUCGCG